GCUCCCGCCCCGACAAGUUUCCCCCCUUUGCCUUUAUUUUCGCAGGAGUUGAGUUUUCCUUAACCUUUGUUUGAAGAAAAAAUGGUGGUGUGCUUCCUUCAUCUGGAAGGAUGAGAGGCAGAUGGGGACGGCAGGGGGAUUGCCCUGUUCCCGUGCGUGCAAACAUAACGGCUGCUACACAAAUCGCCCGUCGGAUACCUAUCAGCUCAGUAGGGAGGUAGACUUUGAAACAGAAGUACUGCAGACAGCUUGGGUGCGUGGGCACAAUAUACAGCUAUGAUAGCAACUGGAGGAGUCAUAACAGGACUGGCUGCCUUAAAAAGGCAAGACUCUGCCAGAUCUCAGCAACAUGUAAAUCUUGCCACAGCACCACCUACUGAGGAGAAGAAGCCAGUUAGACGCCGGCCCAGGACAGAUGUAGUGAUUGUCAGGGGCAAAAUCCGGCUCUAUUCUCCAUCGGGAUUCUUCCUUGUUUUGGGAGUGCUUAUCGCAUUCUUGGGCAUUGCAAUGGCCAUCCUUGGAUACUGGCCCCAAAAGGAACAACUUUUAGGAUCUGAAAGUAAUCUACCUGUAAAUGAAACCCAGGUCCUGAGAAGCCAAGGAAGCAUUUUACUUCGUUUCUUUGAACAGCAUAUGCACUCAGAUAAGAUGAAGAUGCUAGGGCCCUUCACUAUGGGCAUCGGGAUCUUCAUUUUUAUUUGUGCAAAUGCCAUUCUGCAUGAAAACCGUGACAAGGAGACAAAAAUCAUACACAUGAGAGACAUAUACUCCACUGUAAUAGACAUCCACACCCUGAGGAUCAGGGAACAAAAGCAGCUGAGCAGUGCCUUCACGGGCUUGUUGGGGGAAGGAGAACUUGGGCACAGCGGGAGUUCCUGUGCAUCCCGGCUGGCUGCAAACACGGUUGCACCUUUCUCUGGCUUCAAGAGUCAUUUUAGGAUGGAUAGUUCUGCUGAAGAGGAUGAGAUUAUCGUAAAUGAAGACAGGACCUCUGGUAGCCUCCUGCCACCUUUGCUGACUGAGCAAACUGAUUCAGUCUUUGGACUUUACCCUCACUCCAGCAAGGCAUCAGAUGACAAAAACACUAGCUCUAUGAAGUGUGAAACAAAAUCCAUUGUAUCAUCUUCCAUUAGUGCUUUCACACUUCCAGUAAUUAAACUGAAUAACUGUGUUAUUGAUGAGCCCAGUAUAGACAACAUAACUGAGGACUCGGAGAUCAGCAGGAGUCGGUCUAGAAAUCUGUCAAUGGAUUCUCUGGCCGUUCCUCUAACUGAUACCAAUGAUUCCUACAGACCAGCUGCUGUCAUGCUGCCACGACACAAUUCAUUUAUGGACACUCCAUCAGAUCAGUUCAAAUCUUCUAUGACUCUUGGGCCAAGCACAGGAAAGCUUUUAUCUCCUGGGGCUGCCAGGAAACAGUUUGGGUCCAAUACAUCUUUGCAUCUUCUGUCUUCACAUUCAAAGUCCCUGGACCUGGACAGAGGUCCAUCUACACUCACUGUACAGGCUGAACAAAGGAAACACCCCAGCUGGCCCAGAUUGGAUCGGAGCAACAGUAAAGGUUACAUGAAACUAGAAAACAAAGAGGACCCAAUGGAUAGGUUACUUGUGCCACAGGCAGUGGUCAAGAAAGACUUUACUAAUAAGGAAAAGCUUCUUAUGAUAUCAAGAUCUCAUAAUAAUUUGAGUUUUGAACAUGAUGAGUUUUUGAGUAACAACCUGAAGCGAGGAACUUCUGAAACAAGAUUUUAAUAUUUAAAUUGCAAUUUAGAUUAUGUCAUACAGUAUUUUUUUAAAAAAUAAAAGAUUUUGGCAAGUGUUUCCUUUUCAGUGAGACUAGUACAAGCCUGUUUUUAACCAAAUGCUUAAUAGCCCGUUAUAAUUGGCUUGUGUGAGCAGAGAUCUUCAUCUUUGUAAUGCCAAGAGAUUUUUGUCUUAGUAACAUACAGCUGCAAUACUGUACAUUAUAAUUGUUGAGAGAGUUUGGGUACAAGUGAUUCCUGUUUUUCCCGAGUCAUUGUUUCUUUUCUUCUAUAUAAGCAUGUUACUUUUUAUUAAUUUGACUCCAGAACCCUGCAUUAGAAAAAGAAAGUUCCAUUUACUGGUGAGUUCAGUUUACUUCAUGACCGCAAGAGCCUAAAACUGGUGCUUGCAGCCUAGAAGGGGAGGUGAGCAGGAGCACAUCCUGGAAUUGUCAAAUCCAAGCCUUUCUCCUAGGUGUAGUCUUUUACACAUGGUACAUCUUGGUAACUGAAGUCUUGCCUUCAUCAGUGUGAGAAACUUGUUUACAUAUUGGGGUGGGUGGAUAGAAAAGAGUGGGUAUAAUUAAAACAAUUUUUGCGAAUUCUUUGUAAUUGGUCGAGUUGAAUACCAGUGUUGUGAAUUAUUGACUAUGCUUUGUACAAUAAUCUUUCUUCAUCCGUUAUAAUUUAAUCUUGUAAUUCCAAGAAAAAAGUAUGUGAAGUAAGAAAUCUGAAAAUUCUUCUGGGAUUAGUUCCCUAAACCACUUUGAUUGGCAGCAGUUUUAAAAUCAAAGCACAGAGAAACAGUUAAAAUCAUAGGAACAUGAUGAAUGCCAACAGGAUUUUAGAAACAUAGUGUAUAAUAAGAUGAUAUUAUGACAUGAAUUUGAAAAGAAUAAUUGAAAAUGAAUGUAUUGCCUCUCAUUACAAUAGCAAGAAGCUAAAUAAAUAGAUCUCUUAUGUUCAAAAUUCUGAUACAAAGCAUACAAUUCAAUAUGUAUACUAACAUAGUCUGAAAACCCCUUGCAAAUUUUGAUUUAUAUAUUUCAUAUAAUUAUUGCUAUGAUGGUUCACUGGAGGCUUAGCUGUGUUAAUUUGCAUUACAAGAUUGUGCAAAAGGAAGUGACAUUUAAAACAAUGUUUUUCUCAGCAAAGCAAGCUUCACAGUUGACAGCUGUAGGCUUUUGCUAAAGAAAAUGGAAAUUUAAAUGUGCGUACCAGAAAGUGUUCAUGUAUUUCAUUAGGGUAUUUAGGCUGUGAUCCUGCCAUGACAGCCAUGCUAGAGAAUGUCACUUCAAGCUGCAAAGUUCACAUAACAAGAUGUUGGUCUUAAUUGGUCUUUUUUGAUAUAUUCACUUAAACUCAAUACUCAGGAAUUAUUUGUAGUGGCUUUUCCCAAAAAGAGUCAAACCUGUUGAAAUGUUGUUCUUCAGUUACUCUGAUUAUGAAAGAUGAGAGGUGAAAAUACCCUCUUUGGUUUGUUACUUUUUAGCAUUCAGCUCCAUAUUCCAACUGUGUGAUGUUCAUGUAUCAGGAUCAUUACUUGCUCGGUGAAUUGAGGCGUAGUGUUAAAACUCUUAGAGCCUCAAGCCUAUAUAUUGUAACAGAGUUGGCUAAAUAUUUUGCUAUGAAGCUUUUAAUAACUUCCUGGUUUGUGUUCUUAAGAUAUUUGCUAUUUUUUGAAAUAAA